GAAGUGUUAUCCAUUAAAAUGUUCCAUUCCAUGGCGUCUUCUCUCCCAAUUUCAAAUUGAAUUCAAAUAGCAUUGAGUAAACUUGAUGAGGUCGUUUACAUUGCUGAACGUGGCAAAGCCAUUUCUACUUGCCUGUAACGAACCAAGUAGAUGUUUUCCGAAUAUUCCAAAAAUUGGUGCUACUACUAUGAAUAAUAAUAAGAAGAGGGUUUUGCCGUUAAGAUGUAAAAGCUUCUGGUUGUCUUCAAAUGGGGAUUGGUUGGAAGUUCCUAAAGAAAUUGACAAUGAGGAAGAGUUUAUAGUGGUAAAUUUCUACCGCUUUGUUUUUAUUGAAGACCCAGAAGAGGAGGUCAGCAAACACCUUUCCUUUUUGGAGGGAAGAGAUAUACAUGGCCGCAUUUAUUUAAACAAACAGGGAAUUAAUGCACAGUACAGUGGACCAAACAAAGAUGCCCUUGCUUAUGUUAAGUGGGUAAGGGAGGACUGCAGAUUUUCUGAUGUUCUUGUCCAGAUCUCACCAGCAUCUAAUGGGCAUGCCUUUCCAAGAUUGAAGCUGCGUUAUAAGCCGUCUCUUGUACAGUUGGAAGGAGGGAUUUCUCACCUUCCUUUGCUUGAUCCAUCAAUGAGAGCAGCUCCUUUGGCACCAUCUGAAUGGAGGAAGAGAUUAGAAGCUGUAAAUAACACUAAUAAUUCAUCACAUGGAAAUUUCAAUCCCAGUUUUAUACUUCUUGACGUGAGAAACCGUUAUGAAUGGGAUGUUGGGCAUUUUCAAGGCGCUCAGCGGCCGGAUGUUGAUUGUUUUCGGGCCACUUCAUUUGGGCAAUCUGAGUCAGAGGUGAUUGCCUCAGAUCCUUUAGCAGCCGUUGAUAAGGAGAGAACUGAUAUAUUGAUGUACUGCACUGGAGGUAUCCGCUGUGAUGUAUAUUCUGCUAUAUUACGUAAGCAAGGUUUUAAGCGAUUAUAUACCUUGAAGGGGGGUGUUUCUCACUAUCUUGAGAGUGAAGGUUCUGUAAGAUGGGUCGGAAAUCUAUUUGUAUUUGAUGCCCGCCUUUCUCUGCUACCUUCUACCUACAAGCCUGCGGUGGAGAUCGAAGCAAGCACAAUGCUAGAAGGCUCCCUGGAUGACUCAUUUGCGAAAUGCUACAUCUGUGGUUCACAAGUUUCUGAGCUGAGGCACCGCAAUUGUGCAAACCUUGAUUGCAACCUACUUUUCCUAUGUUGUGAAGGCUGUGUGAAACAUUUAAGGGGAUGCUGCUGUAUUCAAUGCACAUCUGCUAGUCGACUUAGGCCGGUGCUGACAGGUCAUCAGAGAUACCAAAAAUGGCAUAAUUAUCGUGAUUUUGAGUAACAAAGCCGGUGACAUCUUGAUCAGUGAUUGGUGUCCAAAUUUUUGAAAGUGUGGUUCUGGCAAUGAAAAUGUAGAUCUCCAGUACAGUAAAUUGUUGGUGAGACUUAAUGGCAAAUCAAGGGGAAAAGUUACUCUAUUCUUUACCUACUACAAAUUCAAUGUUACCCGAAGCCUAAGGGAUCAACUGAAGGUUCCAUAAAGACUAAUGUUCACUUGUAUUGUUUGAGUUUGUGUUUUUCCUUUAAGAGAAAAUUACAUCCCGAAUAUCUUUGGGCUAUCUAGUUACAAAAUAUGUAGAGAGUGUAGAGGUAGUAUAUAAUUUUAUACGAAUAUGCAUUAAUUACACAUACCUAUACAACCGAGUGUAUACUUGAGCGAUAAUGUUAAACUAGAAGGCGAAAUGGUACAUAUUGGCAACUA